UACUAUUAUAGCCUGGCCUGGGGACGCCAUCCCAGAGGCCGGCAGUGGCAAAAUUGACUCAUAGCAAGUAUUGCUUAGUCAGGGAAAUGACGAGACUAUAAUAAUUAAGCACGUACCUACUGCUUCCGGACGCAUCGACAGCAUUCCCGUCCAUGAAUCUGUCGAGAGGCCGCGGAAAAGAAUCGGGCACGUGUCUUCCGUUCGCUCUGUGAUGCCUUUCGAGCUCUUCGAAUCGAGGAACGGAGGAGGUCUCUCCGCACCGGCCGAGGAUCGAGCUCCAUGAGCAUGUGAGUGAUGCAUGGACGGUACCGCUUUUCGUACACGACUCACGAGCGCCUUCUUGUUUCAGAGGGUUGUUGAAGUUCCAGUUAAAUCGGUUGCUGCCGUGAGCCGGAAACCUCGGCUUCGAGGGCAGAGUGGGAGGCAAGAAGGGAGAGAGGGACGAGUGAAGGAACGAACGAAUGAAUGAUUAUUCUCGAGCACGAAGCGAGAACGUGCAUAGAAAUUUGAAGAUGGAGAAUAUAAAGUGAAAGUGGAAAUACGUUCCAUGUCGUUUGGAGCGAUCAAAAGCUGCUCGAUAUUUGUUGCUGAAGUGUUUUGUCGCGUUGAGACCAUUGGCCUCCGGAGCCUAACUCCUUUGCACUUCGGGUUAGGCAAACAUUGGACGGAACCACACGCCGAGGGGAAUCUCUUUCGCGGUUGACUCGUGGUGCACCAGAUCCAAAUCUAAUCCCUCCUUGUAGACAUGAAGGUAGAGUUUGACACCACAUUGACCCCGGUCCUUGGCGAUCUCGUGUGUAAAGAACGCUCCGAGAUUUUCGUUCAUUAAAGGAAGCGUAAACAAAUGUUGACCAGAAUCGAAAGGAGGAGGGCGUUUGUGACAUCGGACCUCAAGGAGGCUCGCGUUGGGCCCUUUGUAUGGUCUUGCUGCAAAGAGCAUCACGUAAAUUUGAAAGAGUGAGGCAAGCUCACCACGAACGGUCUCCAUCUUUGUGGUAUGCGUAAAUUUAGAAGAGGGCGGUAGUUGUUUCCAUUGAGGGGGAGGAUUUGGAGCAAACCGGGAGAAUGGAAUCUGAUGCGGAACUUAAAUGUAUUAGAAGACAAAAAGGGUAUAAAGAAAUGAGGCUAGUGUAUUUAUAUGAAAUGGAGAGCAGGACAGCCGAAAAGCAAGGAUGAGAGUUGUGAUGCAGUUCUUUAGCUGUCACAACAGAACAGAGAAGAGUAUGCGGUUUCUCCCUUAGAAAUUCUUCUGAGUCAUGUGAAGGUAGAGUGGAAGGCGGUGGAGUAGCAUCAAGUACGUACUGUACUUUUGGCUGAAGGAAAUGUGGAAUGUUUGAUCAUCCUGGCGCAGGAAAUUUGGGAGAUUUGCGUUCAGAUACGAUUGGGGCUUUAUCGUGCACCUGUCUCGACUCUGACUUUCCCUCUAUAACUGUAGUUGCGAGAAUUUGUGUUGGGAGAAAUCCGAGCAUCUUGCUGCGUACGGAGGUGUUGGGUGUUGGGUUUUAGCCCGCUGGAACGACUUGAACUGUCUCUUUGCUUUUCCGUUUUGUUUGACAUAGAGCGAGAGUUGCUCGUCCAUAUACUGGCGGUGGGAGCAGGAGAGAUGGAUGUGGAUCCUCGAGACUACGAGCACGUGAAGAUAAACGACAAUGACGUGAGGAAAAUUGUUCUGUCGUAUCUCGUGCAUAAUUGUUUCAAGGAGACUGCGGAGACAUUCAUUUCAUGCACGGGCAUGAAGCGAUCAGUGGACUGCUCCGUUGACAUCGACAAGAGAAAACCUAUAUAUAAACAUGUUAUGGAGGGUAACGUCUUGAAAGCUAUCGAACUGACCAAUCAGCUAGCAGCGGACCUCUUGCAAUCGAAUAAAGACGUUUAUUUUGAUCUGCUGACACUCCAUUUUGUUGAACUUGUCCGCUCCAAGGAUUGUACAGGUGCCUUGGAAUUUGCUCAGAAGGAGCUCAGACCAUUCACUUCAGGCAAGCAUUUGGAAAGGCUCCAAGACUGUAUGGCAUUAUUGGCCUAUGAAGAUCCAGAGACUUCUCCACUAUUUUCUCUUUUGAGCAUGGAUCACAGACAAAGUAUUGCAGAUGCUUUGAAUCGUGCUGUAUUAGUGCAUGCCAAUCUUCCGAGCUACACAUCAAUGGAAAGACUCAUACAACAUAUCACUGUUGUUCGACAGCGGCUGCAUCAGGAGCUUGGAAAGGAUGGACCUCCAGUUUUUGGUUUGGCUUCUUAUCUGAAGAGCUGAGAGUUUAGCAGGAAGAUUGAUCGCAGAUGAAUCCGCAACUGCUAAAAUGACAGAGUAGUCAACUCAUUAUGCAGUAUUUGGAAGAUUAGCCAUGCUCAUUGCCACCAAAUGCUGCAUGAUGCUGAUCAGAGUGGUGCAGCAGAAAAUAGAAUCAUCUCAUUCACCUUCCUAUGGCUAGUUGCGAAGCACAAUGUCGCUAUCUAUCUUGGCUGCUCGCUACUUUCACCUACUUCAGGUUUAAUGAAGUUGCAAGGAUUACGGCUUCGUGGGAAGACUUCAUCUUUUAAAGGUUAUGACUGGAGGCUGAAAUGUACAGGAUGACCAGAGCAGAUUCUUUACAAGAAACUUCGAGUAGACGAUGAUCCUCUUUCGGGUAUAUUUUAUAAGGCACGGUGUGAACUAUUAGUUCAGAGCGACAUGUACAAAGGUAGCUGAAUUGAAAAUGAAAAGUAGAUUCAAAAACGAUGCCGACUACGGCGACGGUUGGUUUUCA